CUUCCACGCAGGACAUGCCAUCCUUGCACCGCCUAGCACGUGGAGCGACGUGGCAAGGAGGCUAGAGAUCUAUCCAUCCCUGUCGCUGGUGGUGAUGGACGGGACGCAGCCACCUCUGGACCAUCGCUAGGAGGUCAUUGUCCACCAAGAAGGGCUUUCAAAAAGAGGAUAUCUCGCGUGGCUUUUAUUUCUUUGUGUUUAUUUGGAACGGGCUAAUUUGAAUGUGACCUGUGUGUCAUAUUACUUAAGAAUUCAUAUUCAUCACCGAGUGUAGCUUUAUUUCUGAACACCUAAGACUGGACUCCACGGCAUCCACAUUCAGGGACCCUUGUUGUUUAAACCAGAGUCAGUUUGCCGCCCACUGGGAUCCAUCCUGAGCUUUGGAUCCCGUCCAUAUUCCCCCCCCCCCCCCCCCCCCCACCUGUGUCUUCCAUCGCCAUCGUGCUUCUUCCAUCUUGUUGCUUGUGCUUCCAAGCCAAGAAAAGGAGAGAGAAAGAAGUAGUUGAAGGAACGCAACAAGAGGCUGAAACGCGACACCACGAGUGAUUCUUCUUCUGUGGUGGAACUCGAUACUCUGGCACGCCGUGGAGCCGAGACUGGACCGGGGCUGUGAACCAGUCUUUCUUCGUCUUCUUAGCAGGGGGUGGACGGCACACCCACAUUGGCCCCUCUCCUCGGAGACACGCUUUUCAUUUUGGACCUUUUUUUCCGGGGGUUUGGGGUGGGGUGGAUAUCUCCUUCAGGUGUGGGAAGAGCAGCAGCAUGUCUUCGUGGAUCACGUCGUCCCUGAUGCUGGCACCUCUGGUCCUCCUCGUGGCGCUUCAAGAGCAUCGGCUUCUUCCCUCCCCAUGCUAACCUCUCCCCCGCUAACAACUACCAUCGUGCCCUGGGGUCAGAGUUCAGGGUAGCAGGCCGUGAUUGGCUGAGGCCUGCAGUGUGAGACAGAAAGGGUUGCAGCGUGGAUGUGCGGCGCGGCGUGCGUGGAGGUGGACUCGGACACGGAGGCGGUGGCCAACCAGGGCUUCAAGCUGGGCUGCAUUUCCUGCAAGAUGAGGGGGGAGGUGAAAGCCACGGCCACCGUCACCUGGCUCUUCAAGGCCGACGGCGAGACCGACUUCUCCGAACUGUACAGCUACGAGGGGCAACGGGGUGAGGUGAUAGACCCGCGUUUCGCCGAGCGUCUGCACUGGAAAGGCAGCAAGCAUACGGACGACCUUCAGGACGGCUCCAUCUACAUCGUGAAGGUCACGUACAACGACACGGGAACGUACAAGUGCAUCUUCAACCGCCUGCUCAUCUACUCCAACUACGUCUACGAGACCAACCACAGCAAGAACAUCACCAUCAGGGUGGUGCCGCGAGUGACACGGGGUAUGGCGUCCAUCCUGUCGGAGGUCAUGAUGUACGUGUCCAUCAUCGGCUUGCAGUUCUGGUUGGUGGUGGAGAUGAUCUACUGCUACAGGAAGAUCUCUGCGGCUGGCGAGGAGGCGUUGAGGGAGAGCGCGGCGGAGUAUUUAGCGAUAGCGUCGGAAAGUAAAGAUAACUGUGCAGCCGUGCAAGUAUCAGAGUAGCCAUGACGCUUGGGCAAGAACUGGCGCAGGAAUGGAUUCUCACAUCCACCUUCAUCGUCACCAUCCUCCUCGCAUCACGCCGACCCACAAAAGCCAGACUGACUUCCUGUCGUAUCAACAGAGCAACGCAUGCUCGCCACCAACAGCAGGGAGGUUUUUAAAGUCUUCUACUAAAAUUAGAUUUCGAGGCCCCAAAGUUGAAUGUCGAUUUAAAAAAUGACUUCAAUAAAUACUAGCCAUAUUUCUAUUCAUUGUAGUCAUAAAAAACAACACAAAAUCAAGUCAAAAACGGAAUCAAAUUUCAAAUAAAUAUUAAAACAUCUCUCCAAGCACAUCAUUUUACCACAAAGGUGAUGAAUUCCGCAAGAAUUUUCCAUCUGUUAUGUAGUUUUUAACUCAUAAAACAACAUAAAUUUGCUUUAAACUUCUUCAAAAAUAUUUUAAAUCUAUUUAAAUGUUAGUUUAUAGUUAUACUACUAAUUAAUAAUAGUACUACAUUUUUUCUUCUUCAAACAUGCAGCCUUUCAUCUGUGUAAAAUCUAUUAAGUGUUUUGAUAAACUAAACCUACAAUAGAAAAAUGGGGGUAAAAUCUACUAUAGCAACACCAAAUAUUCCGUUUUUUUUUCUUUUGCUAUUCUUAUUUUAAAUCUAUACAGUCUAUGUGUUUUUUUAAGAUUAAGAUAUGCCUUUAUUCGUCCCUCAGUGGGGACAAUUUUAAGACUACAUAUUGGCUUUUUACAACGUAAAUAUUAUUUAAAGGAUAUCCAUGGUGACAGUUGUCGACAAAAAUGAGGUGAGGGCUAAUUAUCUAAUUAUGCAUGUGGUGCAUGUGUCACCUUGUAGCUGCCCCCCCCCC